UGCCUGAAUUUAUCGAAGAAUGUAUUGAAUUACUUAACGAGGUCCGUUAAAAUUGUAAAAUUAAAUUUCGGAGGAGGAUUGUUAAUUUGCCUAGUAGUUGAGAGAAAAAAUAUGCUCUAGUAGAUUUUAUGUGAAACGAAUUAUUGUGAAAAGGAUUCAGCUCAAUUAUGAAUUAUUUUUACAUAUCGUAUUUGCUCGAUUAGUUCCCCUGGGGAAUUAUUUUUUCAACCCAUCCAUGGCAUGGGGAAUUAUUCAAAGAAGGGGAAUUAUUCGAGUUUUAAAAUUUGAAUGUGUUUUAGGGUAUUUGGGGGAGGCGGAUUAUUGUUUCAACUCGUCCGUAGCAGGGGGAAUUAAUCGAGUAAACACGCCUCCAUUAUCAAUUAUUUUACUCGAAAAAGAAAAUAAAUUAAUUGGGCAUGCCCGUUUAUGUCCUUUGCCUCUAAAUGAAAAUGGGUGUUGGAUUGAAUCUGUGGUUAUUUGGAAGAAUUUAAGGGGAAAAGGGUUUGGAAGAACUUUAAUGGAAGGGAUAGAGAUGUGUGCAAAAGAAUUUGGAUUUAAAGAGAUUUUUCUUUCUACAACAGACAAAGCUAAUUUCUACAUUAAAUGUGGAUAUUCCAAAUGCUCUCCAAUUCUAAAUUUUGGUUCAAAUUUUAAACUUUUUGAAAGAAAUGGAUUAUUAAAAAAUUAUUUAUUAAUUAAUAAAGAAGAAAAUAAUUUAAAUAAAAAUAUUAUUUUAACACAAAACCCUUUAAUUAAUUCAAUCCCUUCCCCUCCCCCUCCUCUUCCCCCACCUUUACCUAAUUUUAACAAAAAAGAUCAAAAAAUUUAUUUAACCAAAAUUAUUUAA